CAUCUCUAGCGUCCCCCCUUCUUCCCCUGCCUUCUGUCCUUGUCCCUGCCUCCAGCCUGGGAAGAGCCACCCAGCGACCUCUCUGAUUGGACCUGCCGGUUUGUCUUUACGCGGCUCGAGCGGUGCGAGCCCCUAGGACGUGUUUCAACAGAUGGUUAGGGCUUGGUGUGUCAUCACAUCGAAGAAAGGAUUAGAGGAGGAAGGUUGUCCUCUGGGAGCUGUGUGGUCCUCACUUACAGCAGUGCAGCUUCAGGAGAGAGCGCAAAGUGAGGACACGAGGUCCUCGCUUCUUCUUCAGCACCAGACUUUUCCACUCCUGUGUGUGUGUGUGUGUGUCAGAUUUGCUCAUAAGAAACUGCAGAGCACAGCAUCAUCCUCUCUUCCAUCAUGAAGCCUGAGUACCUGGCGUUGCUGUUGGCAUUUUCCCUGGUCUCCCCACUGUCCUGCUCAGCCUCCACCACACGGAACCAGAGCCUUCGGGGCCGAGUGCAGCGCGAUCGCCGUAACAUACGCCCCAACAUCAUCCUCAUCAUGACCGAUGACCAGGACGUAGAGCUGGGCUCGUUGCAGGUAAUGAACAAAACUCGCAGAAUCAUGGAGGAAGGCGGGACAUCGUUCACAAACGCCUUUGUGACGACGCCCAUGUGCUGCCCGUCUCGCUCGUCCAUGCUGACUGGGAAGUACGUUCACAACCACAACACGUACACCAACAACGAGAACUGCUCCUCUCCCUCAUGGCAGGCACAACACGAACCUCGUUCCUUUGCUGUCUACCUCAACAACACAGGCUACAGGACAGCUUUCUUCGGAAAAUACCUCAACGAGUACAACGGCAGCUACAUUCCUCCUGGGUGGCGUGAGUGGGUGGGUCUCAUCAAAAAUUCCCGCUUCUAUAAUUACACCGUCUGUCGGAACGGCUACAAGGAGAAGCACGGCGCGGACUACGCCAAGGACUAUUUCACAGAUCUGAUCACCAACGACAGCAUCAACUACUUCCGCAUGUCAAAGCGCAUGUAUCCACACCGGCCGGUUAUGAUGGUGAUCAGUCACGCAGCGCCGCAUGGUCCAGAAGAUUCGGCACCCCAGUAUGCAGAAUUCUUUCCCAAUGCUUCCCAACACAUCACACCCAGUUACAACUACGCCCCUAACAUGGACAAGCACUGGAUCAUGCAGUACACCGGUCCCAUGAAGCCCAUCCACAUGGAGUUUACCAACUUCCUCCAGAGGAAGCGACUUCAGACUCUGAUGUCUGUAGACGACUCUGUGGAAAAGAUAUACAACGCACUAGUGGACACAGGAGAGUUGGACAACACCUACAUCAUCUACACAGCCGACCACGGUUACCACAUUGGACAGUUUGGUCUCGUCAAGGGGAAGUCAAUGCCGUAUGACUUUGAUAUAAGAGUCCCCUUCUUCGUGAGAGGGCCAAAUGUGGAACCUGGAACAAGGAACAAUCAACUUGUUUUGAACAUCGAUCUUGCACCUACGAUCCUGGACAUCGCAGGUCUGGAUACUCCUUCAGAUAUGGACGGCAAGUCCAUUAUGAAGCUUCUAGAACAGGAGAAGACUAACAAUAGAUUCAAACUGAACCGCAAACCUAAGGUCUGGAGAGACACAUUCCUUGUGGAGAGAGGCAAAAUCCUGCGCAAGAAAGAAGAGACCACGAGCAGUGUGAGCCCAGCGCAUUCCAACAGUCUGCCCAAGUACAAGAAGGUCAAGGAGGCAUGCCAGCAAGCCGAGUUUCAGACACCCUGCGAGCAGCCUGGACAGAAAUGGCACUGUAUCGUGGACGUUACGGGGAAAUGGCGCCUGCAGAAGUGUAAAGGAAGCUUGAAGGCCGCAUCCAGGAAGAGAGCCCGCAGCCUGAGACUGCGCUCCUACAGCACCCGGGGAAAAGAGUGCCACUGCGAAGACCGAGCGUAUAAAACGUCAAAGAGCGAACGCCGAGCACACAGACACCUCUCACAGAGCAGCAGACCACGUUACAGGCCGCGUUUCGUCCACACUCGUCACGCACGCUCGCUGUCUGUAGAGUUCGAGGGUGAGAUUUAUGCCGUGGACCUACAGGAAGACGACAAGCUGGCUUCAGAACCCCGUCCAAUCAGCAAGCGCCAUUACGAGCCCGAUACCUCCUUCGACCCUGACUUUGAGCCGGAGUCGGACGACGCCUCGGAGGAGAUGCUGGCUGACGAUACGAACGCUGUGGGCUACCACAAUUCACUCAAAGUCACACACAAGUGCUACAUCCUGCUAAACGACACCGUGCACUGCGAAAGAGAGAUCUACCAGUCGUCCAAAGCCUGGAAAGAUCACAAGAGUUUUGUCGACCAGGAGAUCGAGCUUCUCCAGGAUAAAAUGAAAAAGUUACGAGAAGUUCGCGGGCACCUGAAGAGCAGAAAGCCAGAUGAGUGCGACUGCGGAAAGAAAAGAGAAACAGUGCAGGAGGUGGACAGCAAGGUUCAGCUCUAUAACGAGAUCCGCCGAAGGAAGAAAGAGAGAAAAGAGAGGAAGAGGCAAAAGAAGGGAGACGACUGUAGCAUGCCUGGUCUCACCUGCUUCACCCACAACAACGACCACUGGCAGACCGCCCCCUUCUGGAACUUGGGAGGUUUCUGUGCCUGCACCAGCUCCAAUAACAACACUUACUGGUGUCUGAGGACCAUAAAUGAAACCCACAACACUCUGUUCUGUGAGUUUGCGACUGGAUUUCUCGAGUACUUCGAUCUGAACAGUGACCCUUAUCAGUUGAGCAACGCGGUUUACACGGUGGAUCGAGACGUCCUGAACCAGCUCCACCUGCAGCUGAUGGAGUUGAGGAGCUGCCAGGGCCACAAGCAGUGCAACCCCAGAGCCAAAAGCACAGACACAGCACACAGCCUGCAUGGGACGGGCGCCGAUCUUAAGCUGCCCAACUUCACCGAGGACGCCAACUGGCAAGGACUGGCACAACUGUACAGCGUGAACGAGAGUCUGUUUGAGCACAGACACGACUACAGUCCCAGCCUGGAAGACUGGGCCAACUUUGAGAAGGAUGUAGAUAGUAUGUUUGCACUGCUGAGCAAUUUAAAGAAACUGAACCGAACUGAGAAGCUGGAGCCGUGGGAAGACCUGGGGUCAGGGGCCGGGGGUAUGGAGGAAGCCAGCGGAGCAGGAUUGGUGCUCACUUCGGGAACUCAAAAACCUACCUCCAUGACCCCUGUGACUCCUUCUCAGUGGACCCGUCAAUCAGCAAAUGAGCUCCCAGAAGGACUUCCUACUAAACCUUCAGACCACGCCUCAAAGCGUGUGGAAAACGUGCAGCCUCAGAACCUGCAGAACGAGCUAGAUCGAGAUGACUUGAGCUUCAGCGGGAAUGGACUCACCGAGCUGGAAACACACCUGGAUUUUCUGCUCAGCAGCUCUGCCUUGGAGAUGCCACAAGAUCUCAGCAGAUCCCUCGGAGAAAAAGGAGGACGUCUUGCAGAAGGGGAGGAUAUCUUCGAGGCCCAGAUCUACCUACCAGCCAGGCUUCCGUCACAAGCAGAGAAGACGUCUCCGUCCCAGCGUCCGCCCCAAAAUCUCCUAACACUCUAUGCCCAAGAGCCCCAUGAAUCUCAGGACUCAGAAGGAAGCGGUCUGCCAGUUUCUUCUUCCAGCACGUUGCUCUGACAAAAAAAAAAAAAGCCCCAAAGCCAUUUAUCCUCAGAGACACUAAGUGCUGGAUCUUAGAGAUUGGGCUAAAUAUUGUAUUAUGAAACAAUUUUAUUGUUUUAAUUUCUUUUUUUACUGGAGCUUUCAUUUAUUAGAAAUCAGUGUUAUGUAUUUUGUAAGACAUACCUUUAUAUAUAUAUAUUUAGAGAUCAAGAGCCUUAAUGCAACAUAAUGUUGGGUUUCUGUACAUUUCAACACCAACACGGAGCUGUAAUGUAUUUUUGUAAAGACUCUGCAAGUUGGUGAAACCAUUGCACUCAGACAUCCGAGAACCACAAGGGGGGGAAAAAAAAAAAGCAUUGUGAAAGGUUUAAUGCACUUUCUCAAACACUGACGAUCUUAACAGUACACACAGGACACCAGGCUUUAACCUGAGAGCACAGAACAACCUGAAAGAAUAUCUACAAAAUAGAACUGUAAUAUUCCUGGAUGAGGAGGUUAGGAUUAGGUUACGAUCCUAACGUAUCUGUUUCUUAUUUUUAAUCCUGCGAUUCAGAUUUUUACGCGAUCGUUGUCUCUAGAAGAAGGUGUGUUUUCUGUUUAAUUGCACGACACAUGUAGGUUUACGGUGUUACACUCUGCUUGAGCACGUUUUUUUAGUCACGUCGUUGAGAGAUUAUACGGUGAAUCCGGUCCAUGUGAAUGGGUUCGGUUCGUUCCUCGGCUGUAUUUACUUUACAUAUAAUGCGUUCACAUGCGCACGAGCACGCUCACAAGAAUCUCUGAACCUGAACGAUGUGCUGCUCUGUGCUUGUACUCGUCCUCUCCUUUCCCCUCCUUUUUUUUUUCUUUUUUCUUUUUUUUCUCUUUUUUAUGAAAUGGAAUAAUGUCUGGUUUCAUGUCUGAAGUAAAAUAUGUUGAUCUCUGGACUGAUUUCACUAAAAUGCAUAAAAUGCUGUUUUGUUUUGGGUUUUUUUAUCCAUUGGAAGAAACAAUUCUGGCUUCUGGAAAGCCACGAAGCUGUUAUGAAAUAAACCUUAUCGUUAAAUAGA